AUGAUAAAACAAAAAAUAGAAAAAUCAAUCGACAAACAAAUUGAUGGUGAAAACAAUUCUUAUCAAUAUUACAAACAAAAAAGACUUGUGUAUUAUGAAAAAAUCUAAGAGCUUGAAGAAUAAAUUGAAAUGAAAUAAAGAAGAAAUAAAAUUAUAGAUUACGAAAUCAAAAUGAAAUUGAGAGAUUUAAAUAAUGUUGAAAAAAUAUUUGAUAUCAAUAAAGAGCUUGAAGUCAAUGAAGUUAAAACUUAGAAUAAUGAAUAAAAAUCUAACACCUCAACAACUAUAUAUAAGUAAAUUAUUUUUCAAUUUAUGAAUAGUAUGCAACUCUAGCAAAAGUAAUAAAAUUAACAUUAGUUUUUACAAAAAUAAAAACUUUCCUAAGAAUUUUUUUCAAAUGAGAUGGAAAAGUAUUUUUAAUACUUCGAAAGUUGCAUCGAAUAAGAAAUAAAUUAGGAGUUAGAGAUAAAAAAUGAUGAUGAGAAAAUUUAUAUAUCUCCUAUGGUUAAGUAUCAUGCAAUAUAAAUAUAGUGUUUUAUUAAAUUAUUAGAUCCUUAAUAGCGUACAUAAAUAAAUUAAAGAACAGCAGAUAAUUCAGAUUAUAUAACAACUACCUUCAGAUAUUAAAAAUCUGAUACUUUUGAAAAUUUGAAACUUAUUUGUCUUUAAUAUUGGAACAUUAUUGAAAUUGAUCAUAUAUACGCACCUGAAACUUUUAAUAAAGAUUAAAAUUAAUAUUAUAUCAAAACAAAAAAAUAUGAAUUUUUUGCUCCUGAUUUGAUUAUAAUCCCAAAUACAGAAUUGAUUGAAAGAUAUUGUGAAAAUUUUGAUAAGAAAUAUGAAAAAGAAAAAUAUGUUCAUGCCAUUCUUAAAAAAAAAGCCAUAAAAUUUUAGAGUCAAUAAGAUCAAAGAGAAACUCAUCAAUAAGCAAUGGAUUCUUAAUCUGCCAGUUAAUUCAUUAGUAGAACUUUAAGAGAUUAAACUCUAAUAAAUUACACUACUCAAGCUGAAGAUAGUUAAUUAAUUUAUUAGCAAUAGUAAAAUUCUAUUUCUGGUGAUUUAAGUUUGGAUGAUGCAAAUUUUAUAAUUAGCAACAUGAUAUAGAAAAUGAAAUAAUCUCUAACUAAAAGUUAUUUUAGUUUUAUGUAAAGAUUUCCCUUGCUUAAAAAAAUGUUUUAAAUAGAUACAUUUGAAUUAGAACUUCGAGAUAAUAAAAAUCUUAAAAGAAAAGGACUUAAAAUUGAUGAUUACAAUAUUUUAGUAGUUUUAUUAAUUCUAAUCCUUUUGAUUUUAAACUGCUUACAAUAUUCUCUAAUUCCAAAUUAAGCUGCAAUUUAGAGUCACCUAAGUAAAAUUGAGGCUAUUUUAGAAUUAGGUUAAAAUUAAGAAUUUUUACGUAUUUCCACUUUAGACGGAAUUUUUAGUUAUUUUAAUGAGUUUAAUAAAUUUCCUUUUUAUUUAUUCAACAAAGAAUCUUAAUUAAACAAAUACUAUGAAGUUAUUGGAGCUGUAAGAUUUAGAAAUAUAAAAGUUAAAGAAAUGCAAUGUUAGUUUUCAAUUAGAUCUGACAUAAAAAGCACUAUAUAAUGUUAUUAAUCAAAAUAAAGUAUUGAUACAAUAGAGACUAAAAUAUUGUCUGAAGGAAAUUAAGACUGGAUGCUUUUUAAAUCAAUUAAUGAUAUUACUAUAAAUAGAAUUACAAAAGGAAAGUUUGGUGAUUAUGAUGCAUCAGGAUACAUAAAAGAUUUAAAAAAAUCUAAAUAAAAAAUGACUUAUUAUAGAAAGCAAAUAACCUAUGAAAUGUUUUAAAAUAACGAUUAUCUUAAUGUUAAUACUUUGGCUCUCAUUAUUACUUUUACUCUAAAAAGUAAAUUAGACUCAAGCUUUUUUUUUAUUGAGUUACUGCUUGAAAAUACAAAUCUUGGUAUCCAUCCUAAUACACCAAAAAUUAAGAAUUUUAGAUUAGCAAACCUUGAUAAAAUUGAAGAAGAAAUUCUUAUACUCACAUAUUUUAAACUAUUUUUUUCAAUCUGCUUUGUAAUUUACUUGCUAUUUGUGAUUAUUACCUUUAGCAAAGAAUUUUCCAUCAUUUAAUCUGAAUAAACAAAAUUUGGAAACGCUUUCACAUACUUUAUAUCUCUUAUAUUUUUAAUGAAUAUAUUUGUAUUAUUUACAAACUUUGCCAAUAUUUAAUAAACUUUUAAGUUACUUUCUGAUUAAUAUAAUCCAAAAAAAAUAAUUGAGCUCGAGGAUUUUGAGGAUUUUGGAAAUUUUGCAGAAACUUAUUAAAAUUAUUUUUCCUAUUUAGGUUUUUCUAUAGCUGCACUUAUGUUAAGAAGUGUUUUAUUUUUAGGUAUUUUUCAAAGUAUGCUUAAUUUAAUAUAAUCGAUUUAAUUAUCAUACCUCUAAAUUAUGAUAAGCUUUAAAAUAUUUAUACUAAUACUUCUCAGUUUUUGUAUGAUUAUGAGGUCUUUGUAAGGACCUUACUCUUUUGAGUUUAGUACCUUUGAUUUGGCAUUUACAUCCCUACUUUAAAUCCUGAUGAAUUCUUAUGAUGUUAGGAAAUUACUAGAAAAUAAUUAGUUAUUAACAACUUUUAUCUUGACUUUUUUUUAUUUUUUGUUAGCUUACUUUACGUUUAAUAUGAUUAUUGUUGUUUAUAUUGAUUCUUAUAGGUAAAGGAAAAUGAAUAUCUAGACAAACUAAAUUAAGAAGUACUUAAAUAAUUGA